AACGCUGGCUCCGGUCCAUUAGCUCCCGGGACUCCAGCCUCAGGCGGAAAUGAGCUGCCCGGUAGGUGGCGGCGCCGGGAGACUCUGGAACAGGAAGGUGCGCGGGCAGCCGCGGGCAGCUCACUUAUCGCGGUGUUUCCUCCCUCUCCAGUCCCUCGGGAAGCUCUCGCGAGAGGAGCGAGGGGAAGAUGGCCGUGCCCUGCUUUUUAGUGUGAGGCCGUGGCUGUGACGGCGAGACCGGGAUUGUAGUGUCGCGGGCAGCUAGGCGGUAGCUCCUGCCGGCGAGCGCGUGUCCCUUGGUGCCUAGGCGAGAGCCAGCUCUUCUGCCUCCGGGAGAUGCGUUUGUCCCGGGCUCGGAGGUUCUCUGGGAGUUCAUGCUGUGUUAGAGGCUCCCGGCCACCGCUCUAAUCGCCUUGUGCCGCCGCAACUCCAGCUUCGUCGCCGGCGGUGAGCCUCCCGGAUCCCCUCCUCACCCCUCGCGGCGGCGAUGACCGGGGAGAAGAUCCGCUCACUGCGGAGGGACCACAAGCCCAGCAAAGAAGAGGGGGACCUGCUGGAGCCCGGCGAUGAGGAAGCGGCGGCUGCCCUCGGCGGCACCUUUACCGGAGGCAGGACUGGCACCGGCGGCAGCGGCAAGGGCGGCAAAGCCUGUCAUAAGAUCUUCAGUAACCAUCACCACCGGCUGCAGCUGAGAGCAGUUCCGGCCUCCUCCAAUCCCCCCGGCGCCCCGGCCCUGCCUCUGCACAAUUCCUCCGUGACUACCACCUCCCAGUCCCCAGCUCUUCUAGCCGGCACCAUCCCCAGUGCUGUCGUCGCGGAUGGAGGCACUUGCCCCGCACACUAUCCGGUGCACGAGUGCGUCUUCAAGGGGGAUGUGAGGAGACUGUCCUCUCUCAUCCGCACGCACAAUAUCGGGCAGAAAGAUAAUCAUGGAAAUACUCCUUUACAUCUUGCUGUGAUGUUAGGAAAUAAAGAAUGUGCCCAUUUACUCUUGGCUCACAAUGCUCCAGUAAAGGUGAAAAAUGCUCAGGGAUGGAGCCCUCUGGCAGAAGCCAUCAGCUAUGGAGAUAGACAGAUGAUUACAGCUCUUUUAAGGAAGCUUAAGCAGCAAUCCAGGGAAAGCGUUGAAGAAAAACGACCUCGAUUAUUAAAAGCCCUGAAAGAGCUAGGUGACUUUUAUCUAGAACUUCACUGGGAUUUUCAAAGCUGGGUGCCUUUACUCUCCCGAAUUCUGCCUUCUGAUGCAUGUAAAAUAUACAAACAAGGUAUUAAUAUCAGGCUUGACACAACUCUCAUAGACUUUACUGACAUGAAGUGCCAACGAGGGGAUUUAAGCUUCAUUUUCAAUGGGGAUGCGGCGCCCUCUGAAUCUUUUGUAGUAUUAGACAAUGAACAAAAAGUUUAUCAGCGAAUACAUCAUGAGGAAUCAGAGAUGGAAACAGAAGAAGAGGUUGACAUUUUAAUGAGCAGUGAUAUUUACUCUGCAACUUUAUCAACCAAGUCAAUUUCUUUCACACGUGCCCAAACAGGAUGGCUUUUUCGGGAAGAUAAAACAGAAAGAGUAGGAAACUUUUUGGCAGAUUUUUAUCUGGUGAAUGGACUCGUUUUAGAAUCAAGGAAAAGAAGAGAACAUCUCAGUGAAGAGGAUAUUCUUCGAAACAAAGCCAUCAUGGAGAGUUUGAGUAAAGGAGGAAACAUAAUGGAACAGAAUUUUGAGCCGGUUCGAAGACAGUCCCUUACCCCACCUCCUCAGAACACUAUUACGUGGGAAGAAUAUAUAUCUGCUGAAAAUGGAAAAGCUCCUCAUCUGGGCAGAGAGUUGGUGUGUAAAGAGAGUAAGAAAACAUUUAAAGCCACAAUAGCCAUGAGCCAGGAAUUUCCUUUAGGGAUUGAAUUAUUAUUGAAUGUUUUAGAAGUAAUAGCUCCCUUCAAGCACUUUAACAAGCUUAGAGAAUUUGUUCAGAUGAAGCUUCCUCCAGGCUUUCCUGUAAAAUUAGAUAUUCCUGUGUUUCCCACAAUCACAGCCACUGUGACUUUUCAGGAGUUUCGCUAUGAUGAGUUUGAUGGUUCCAUCUUUGCUAUACCUGAUGACUACAAGGAAGACCCGAGCCGGUUUCCUGAUCUUUAACUGACAUGGAAAAUAAUGCCAUCUAAUCAAGGAAGAAGGAUGCAGAGACUCCACAGUGAAUCCAAAUAGAAGGGAUACAUGCUUUCAGCCAAGAAAAGGGAUCACACAUUGAAUUGACACAUCAGUGAUAGGAUGUAAGGAAAUGGGCCUCUAAGGAUUUUAUCACAUUUCCUGAUGUGCCAUUUUCAGUCUUUUAAAAAAAAUACUUAUUAUAAUUGUAAUAGUUUGACAUGUUAAUUACCCUAAGACCUUCGUAUGUAAAGCAGCUAUGAGUGCUAUGAUUUGUUUUUAAAAAAUUUUUACACUUGUUGAAAUAUAUAUGCAUAUAAAUAUAUCUAUAUCUGUAUCUAAAACACUCCUGGACCAUUAACAUAAAAGUCUUAAGAGAUAUGAAGCCCUUUUAAACCUGUCAUCUUCUAUUCAAGGUGACAUUUAUAAAUAUUCCUUCCAAGCUUUGUUUUCAUAAAAUGUAAACUAUGUAACAUUAUGUAUAUGUAGUUCAGUAAUUUGAAUGUUUGUUCAAUAUAAUGAACUAGAAGGAAUGCAAUUUUCUGUAGAUGAAUGAACCAAAUGGUACCCAUUAAACAAUUGCAUUUAUAUGUUGCAAUACAUUUCAGAAGGAGCAUUCACUCUGCAGGGAAUAAGGUACCUCCUUUAGCACCUUAGUGCAAUUCAUUGUGGUGCUAUUUGUUUUUACUUGAAUUCUUUCUUCAAUGGAAAAUGUUUGUUACUAAUAUUCCUUUCAUAGAACCUCUAUUUUUUUUUUUAACUUGAGUUUAAUAGUUCUUGUUAUGUUCAUGAUAAGAUAUGGUUAGCAUGCUUAAAGAUAUUCCUCUUCCAAAUCUCAGCACUUUAAAAAAAUUCCAGAUUUUUAAACUUGCUUCCUAGUAAGUGCACAUCAGUUUGAUUAUUUUGUUUGUUUUUAGUGGAAUAUGGAUGCAAUGGUGUCAAUUUUGAAAAACAAUUCACAUAUUUUGGACAACCCUACAUAUUUAAUGUUUUCAAAAUAAGGUAAAAACAUUUUAUAUGCUAACAGAAUAUAUUUGUUACAAGUUAAAGUUCAGAAGUAUACACAAGAUUGACAGUUCUAUUGUUUAUUUUUUUGAAGUCACUGGAAAAUAUUUAUUGAUCUUAAUUAUCUCCAAAGUGUUAAAAUCAUGCAAUACUCAUUUUUGCACUGAAAAUUUUUCAUAUUUAUUCCAAGAUGGUUUAAAGGUCCAAGAAUGAAAAUAUACUAGGGAGAAUAUUGUACAUGUAUAAGAGUCACAAAGUAUCAUGUUAUAUUAAAGAGCUUAGCUAAAUGUUUUUUAAAUGUAUCCUGAUAAAUGUAUUGAGUGCAUCUAUCAAGUUUUCUUAGAGUGACCAAUAGUUUAAACUUUUUCCAGCAUUUUAGAUCAUUUGAAAUGUGUUUAGAGACCCUAUUGAAGAGAUGAUUUAUUUAAAAAUCCAAAGCAUCAAUCGUAAGAAAAAUUUUAUAAUAAACAUAUUGAAAGC